AACGAGCUGACGGCGAAUCAGUCUCGAUGGCACCUGCACCAACACCAGUACGGCGAGGACCUUGCCAGAACACGGCAACACGCAGACGCGGGGAAGCAUCGAGGGCACAAUUGAAUGCACCAUUCCGAACCUAUGCAGACAAACAGCAGCCGGCAAUCAAUGCAUGCAUCCGCAUGCAGCUUGCCCGGGCUCGACCCCGCUUCUCCAUGGUAUGAGCCGACAGACUUGAAGCGUGCAGUCCAUGCAAAUGCAGUACAGGCCUGGACCCCCUCUUGGGGAUCCCAUAGCUAGCGGAUAGCUUCAACCUCCGUCGUCAUCGUCUAUGGCAACUCGACUCAAUACAGGCCGUACCAAAUCUUGGAAAUCAUUGCAGGACAAUCGCCACUCCAAUCAUCCACCACCAUGUUUCUGCUCCGGGCCCGACACUCGGCAAUCCUCCGGCCGGCCCCACUGGCCCCGCUGACCCGCCUCUCCGGGCGCCGGAUCCCGAAUCCCCACUUUCAAGCCCGGUUCCUCUCCAACACCACCACCCUUCGCGAGGACCAAGCCAAAACCCGCACCGCCAUCGUCACGGGCGCAAGCCGGGGCAUUGGCCGGGCCAUUGCCGUGCGGCUUGCACAAGACGGGUACGCGGUCACGGUCAACGACUUACCCUCCCUGCAAACCGAACUCGAAUCGCUGGCGGGCGAGCUGAGAUCCACCUUUGGCGCCGAGCGUGCCUACGCCCACACGGCCGACGUCUCCUCUCCCGAGCAGGUCGCUGGCUUAGUGCAGGCGAGCAUCGCCCGGCUUGGCCCGCUCGACACGUUCGUCGCCAACGCGGGCAUCGCACAGGUCAAGCCGCUGCUGGAACUGACGCCGGAGGACUGGAAGCGUAUGUUUGAGGUCAAUGUUGCGGGGGUGCAUUACUGUUUUCAGGAGGCGGCUAGGGCUAUGAUUGCGCACGGUACUAAGAAUGGUAUGGGGGAGGGUAAGGGUAAGGUAGGGGUUAGGGGCAAACUGAUCAGCGCGGCGAGCAUCGUCGCCUUCAAGCCCUUUGCGCGCCUCGGCCAUUACAGUGCAAGCAAGUGGGCUGUGAGAGGGCUGACGCAGGUGUAUGCGAUGGAGCUGGCCAAGUAUGGGAUUACGGUCAAUGCGUAUGCUCCAGGGAUUGUGGACACCAAGAUGUGGGAGCUGAUUGAUGAUGGGUUGGGCAAGAUGGAAGGGAAACCAAAGGGUGAGAUGAUUCGGCGGUAUAGUGAUCAGUUGAUUGCGCUAGGCAGAACGAGUGUCCCUGAGGAUGUGGCCGGGUUGGUGUCGUUCCUGGCGGGCAAGGAUGCCGAUUACAUUACGGGGCAGACGUACAUCGUUGAUGGGGGGAUUAUCUAUACUUGAAUGCGGUACAAAUACCUGGACUACGUAAAUCUAACUUUCCGCGGAUUAAUAUCUGCUGAAAUCUGGAGCUUAGGUGAUGUACAUAAACCAUAGCAGCGAAGUACGCCGGUAUGUCCAUCCCCCUGA